AUGAGCGGAAAAAAAACAGCCUUAGUUGUAGUGGCAUCAGGAUCCGAGGAUGUAGAAUACAUCACAACGGUCGAUGUGUUAAGAAGAGCUAACAUAAGUGUGACAACGGCAUCGGUUGAAGAAACAGAGAAGGUGUGCCUCCAAUCAAAGAAUGUUAUCAUUGCUGAUACAAUAAUUGAUAAAGUAAAAAACAAUAUUUAUGAUGUAAUAGUUAUUCCAGGAGGUAUGAAAGGAUCGAAUGCAAUAUCCAAUUGUAGCACAGUUAUCGAAAUGUUGAAGGAACAGAAAAGUAGUAACAGAUUUUAUGCAGCUAUAUGUGCAGCACCCGAAACUGUUCUACAUCGUCAUUCCCUAAUUGAUGAUGUUGAGGCAGUGGCAUACCCAUCGUUUGAAAGCGAGUUCAAGCAUAUCGGUAAGGGAAGAGUAUGUGUAUCAAAGAACUGUAUAACAUCUGUUGGUCCAGGGUCUGCUGUAGAAUUUGCACUUAAAAUUGUCGAAAUGUUAUUAAAUAGGGAUACAGCCCUUAAUCUUGCUAACGCUUUUCUCCUUCACCCCUCUGUGAACUUUUAA